UUUGGAACAGGGUCGUUUUAGACAGGCGCAGCUUAUACCUCAAGGGAUAUGUUCUUCUCAAACAAUGAAUGGUUUUCAGUAAGCUGAAUAAAAGUCACGGUAGUGAAUUUCUAAAUGUAAAACUGCAGUAACGUCCUACGUGCUGUGUAUAAGUCAAGAGCGCUUUGUAUAAAACACUGGAUUGUCUGUAGCGAAAGAAAAGCCAAUGUUUUGUUUGACCAUUUGUGACUUGUGACUGUGCAUGUGCCAAAACGAAGAAAAUGUCAAACACGACAGUUUGUAAUGACACUUCGGAGGCAGUGGAACUUCAUGAACCGAUGAAGCUUUAUCUCAAGCCUAUAGCUAAACUUAAUGUCUGUGUCCAACUUCCACAGUUAAAGACACCUGGGAAGAGUAUAUCUAACUGGGAGGUUAUGGAAAAGGUAAAACAUAUGAUCAGACCAGAAAUAUUUAUCACAUUAAAAAUUGUGAAAAGUUCUUUGGAGUUCAUUCGGUUAGAGGGUGAAAUCGAAAACAAAGGGAAAAUAAAAUUGUUGAUCGCAAAACUUGAUGGGAAAGCGAUCAAGCUAAGUGGAUUUCCUGAUAGCUUAAAAGUAAGAGCUGCAGAAGCAAAGAUAAGUUUUCCUCUAAGACAUGAUUGGGAUUCAUAUUUCCGUGAUGCCAAAAAUAUGAAUGAGAUGAAAAGUGGGGAAAGACCGGAUACCAUUCACUUCAAAGAAUUGCCAACAAGAUGGUUUGCUUCAAGAAAGGAUUCAAAGAAGGACAAGCCAAGUGAGCAGGUGCUUAGGAGGGUGUUUGAAGUGUUUGGAGAGGUUCGAUGUGUGGAUAUUCCCAUGUUAGACCCAUACAGGAAGGAAAUUAUUGCUGCCACAAAACCAGGGUCUAUACAGACAUUUUGUUAUGGUCAAGAUCUCACGUUUGAUGCUUAUGUUCAAUUCAAGGAGUACAUUAGUUUUGUCAAGGCUAUGGAUGCAUUGCGAGGUAUGAAGCUUAUGAACAAAGAUGAAGAAGGCAAGGCACUCACUGCAAACAUCAAAGUUGAUUUUGAUAAGACAAAGCAUCUAUCUGACAAAGCAAUUCGGAAACGUCGUCUUGAACGUGAAAAAUUAGAAGAACUGGAGAGGAUCCGAUUGAUGAAAAGUAAACAGGAAAAAGAAGAAAACGAAAGAAAGGAAGAAGAAGAGAGGAUCAUACACCCUGACAGAAGGUUACAGACAGCUGGUCCAGGGAUAACCGCUCCUGAUGUGUCACCCUCCUCAUCACUCGCAGAGCCUCAGCUGUUGGCACUUCUUCAUACAAUCAACAAACCAGAAGAUUACAUGAUCAGCCUCAAUCUCCAAGAUGCAUAUCUACAUGCACCGUACCCGAGUAACUGGAAGCGUUUUCAGUUUGUCUUCUAGGGAAUACACUACAAAUGGAAAGUUCCAUUUGGCAUUUCUACGAACUCAUGGCCAUUUACCUGCAUCACGAAGCCCAUCACUCAGUUACGCCAUUGCAGGGGAAUUGUGUCUGAAGCUUACACAGCUCUUCAGAUUCUUCAGGAGCAGGUUGCUCUGUCAACUUAGGUAGAUUAUCAACAAGAAGUUGGAGUUGUUUAUGACUCAUUGACUUCAAUUGAUCAGGGCUGUUUUUGACACUUAACUGACCAAGAUGUCCAUGUCUCUUGACAUGUGGACAAGAUACAGCAUCUCAUGCUGUUGGCAUUCACACAAGCAAGAUCUUUUUGACAGUAGCAGGAGCUUCUGGGUCUUCUUACAUCAACCCAGGCUCUCACACUCAGGAGGCAGCUGCAAGUCUCCUGGCGUCACAGAUCUUAGGUCCAGUCUUCUUCUCCCAUCAUUCUUCCAUCAGUGCCUGCAAUGGUCAAAUGUCUGCAAUAGAGUCUCUUUGACUACAUUCGUAGCAUCACACCAUCUUUAGUCAAUUAUAGUCGACUGUAUUUGUAAAGGGUUGGGGAGCACAUAUUCUUGAACAGUGAGUGGCAGGACUGUGGUCAUUUGAAAAUCCAUCCCUUCACAUUGACGACUUGGAAUUAUACGCCGUGAUUGUAGCAGUAUCAUGUUGGUCCAAUGAUCUGUGUUCAACCAGCCUUCAGUCAGACAACUCAACAAUGGCGUAGUACAUCAAUAGUAUGGGUUCAACAAUAUCGUCAAUCGUUAUGGAUCUGACUGUUCAAUUCUCUCAU